CUUGUUCUGUUCAAACAUAAAAGCACACAAAACAUCAUAGGAAGAUCGAAGUUAAGUAUAUUUUGGGUGUAGACAGGAAUAUUAAAGCUAACAAAAACCAUUCCAAAAUUAUUAUUAAAGGAAGCAUUCAGCUCACAUGCACAUUUUUGUUUGGCUAUAGCAUGGUGCAGCACCUGAAGGGACAUGACAAUGGCAGUGACAGAUUACAGUGUUCAGAAGGACUGGCAGUUACUGCAAUGGACCCUGGCUCAAGGAACAAACCAUGGGAGACAGCUCAGGAGCAGCUCAGUACUGGGUGCUGGCAGUUCUCAAGGUCUCCCCUGAAACUGAAGUAGUGAAGUGACCUGGCAUUUUCUCACAACUGUUUUGCACUUGUCAGGAUGGCAAGAAAACAACUGCCUGCUUUCUCUUGCAGUGUUGUUGCUUGAGCUCACUUUUGUGGCUGUGUGAGGAGUGCUGAAGUUGCUGUGAACACCUGAUGGCUUUCAGAGCCCUGCUGCCCAGUGAAAUGAUCCAGGCCAGAUGCUCUGGCUCCCACACAGGCCCUGCUGCCUGCCUGGAGCUGCGGGAGCUUGGACAUCUGGGAAGCCACAGGCAGGAACCAUCUGCUGAUUCAGCUCCUGUUCCAGGGAGCCCCGGAUGGGACAGCGUGUCCUGGAGGGGCAGAUCCUGCCCUCCCCAAGUUCCUGUGGAAGGAGAUCUCUCUUUUUUGCCAUGUCAUCUGACAGCCACCAGCUCCACACCCAUUGCUACCAGGACUCACUAAGUUCUACUUGUCACAGUCUCUUGAAUGUCAACAGUCACCCCCUGUCCAAGAGCUCCUCAAGUCUGGCCUGUAUUGGGCACUCAAGGAGUUUUGAGGAAAGGCAAAACAAGCAGGAGCUGAAGAAAAGCCACAGUAGCACCAUCUGCCAUGUCCUGGAAAACAGGAGUGAUGCAAGGAGCGUGCAGAGUCCUGAGUGGUCCUCCUCACAGCCUGGGAUGGUGGGACUUGGAUCAGAGGUCCAAACCGUAAAUGACCAGUCAGCCAAUGACCAUUCAGAGGGAAGAACUAAGAAUACAAACCAUGUUCUUGUCACUGAGCAAUCCUCAGCAUCCUGGGGAGUGGGGGACACUAAGAUGUGUGUGAAGAGCAGCACUGCUGAGAAUGUUUCUUCAGCCUGCUUUCUUCACCAGCAAGGCAUGUGUAAAAUGGAAGAAUCAGGAAUUGCCCUCCAGAGAAGCCACUCAGACCUAACCUGCAGCUGCAAACAGCAGACUCAUGUGACUCACAUAGAAACCAGUGCUACUCACUCCAGCCUCAGGUCUUCUGGUUGCAGGCAUGGUCCACCAGAGGCUAGGAUGUCUUUCCAAACUCAGAGAUAUGGAUCAGAAACAAGUCAAAAUGCAUCUCACUAUCAAAACCUUGUGACUCAUCUUCCAGUCCUACCUAGGGACCAACAAGUACCCACAAAUACCUUUGACAGUGGCAGUAUUCCACGUAACACCACUGUUUACACAGAUCCUGGCACGUUUCACGCUGCUGUUCUAGGACCCCACGUGCCUGGAAACGGUUUCCCAAACAGGACAACGUUCAGUCAAGCCCCUGGGAUUAUUCAUGGUGGUCUGACUUAUCCAAACUCUGCCUACUCCCCCAUGGUGAUGACAGUUCACAACAACUCAGCAGGGCCCUGCAGUCUCAGGCAGGACGCCUUGAAGGCAGACGCCACCAUCCCGGCCUAUUGCCACUCCUUGCCCAUCCCAUCCAUCCAGCUCAUCCCACGGCUGGUGUGCUCUGUCAGUGAGACAGGAAAAGAGCAGGCAGCCCCUGGCUACUUCCAUUCCUUUUCUGCUUCUGACAUUCUGACAUACCCUAAGCUGGUGUCUUCAGUGAGUGAGUCGGGCCUGGAUGCCAAGAAAAUCCUGAAGUGCUGUAACGUUCCUGAAGAACAACUGCAGCCUGCUCCGCAGGAGAGAGCUCCUCCAGAAGCCAAGGCUGCCCAGGUUGCUCUGAGCAGCCAGCAGGGUGCAGACAUGGCAGUGACAACUAAGGAUAUGUGGACUAUGACCUCUAUGAAUGACAUAACCAAGGGCCUGAAACCAGCUCUGGAGCGCAGAGAUGCCCAGGUACAAACUCUUCCAACCAUGGAAUGCAAAUCAGUGGCAACAAGCCCAGCAGCUGCAGCAGAAGGUCACUCACACGUGUUCCCAGAGGUGAACCUGGAGCAAGGCUUGGAGGCCCCCAAAUCUCCAGUUCGUGAAGUGAGAUGGGAUGAUGAAGGAAUGACGUGGGAAGUGUAUGGGGCAUCUGUGGAUCCAGAAGUCCUUGGGGUGGCCAUUCAAAAACAUCUCGAGUUCCAAAUAGAACAGUUCCAGACAGUGCCUGCUGAGGCAGCUGAGAAAUGUAAUGAGGAGCCACCCCCUGACAAAGCUGGGAAAAAAAGGCCUUUCAGGACAAUGAUGCAUUCCCUGAGAUAUCCGAGCUGUUGUGCUCGCUCCAGUACUGCAGUGGAGUGAGCACAGCAGCAGGGUGUAGGAAAGCUCUGCUGCUUUUAUUUGUACAUAAAUGCUGACUCUUAAGUGUGAACACAGGAUAUGUGAACAGUCCCCACCAGGAUGAGUGGGCAAAGUUCAGUGAUCAUCAAAUACACGUUAAAGCAAGGAGAAGUCCAUGGCUGGACCAUAUCAAAGAAAACAUAAGCUUAUACUUAAAUAAUGCCAUCCAAAUGCUCUUGACUGUAUUUAAUGUAGCACUGUUUCCUUCUACAUUAGUUUUAAACUGUAUUGUAAGGAAUGGAACUUCUUUUUUAAUGAUACGUAUUUUUGAAAUAAUGAUGACUUUUUUCUGUAUUUUAAUAAUUUAGGGUUAGAAAAAAUGCUUUAAUCAAAGUUCUUAGCUUUAAAUCUUAUUCCCUUAAAUUGUUUUGGCAGCUGUUUUGCUGUUAAUUUAAUAAUCCUGACUAUAAACUCGCUUUAACUGUAGACAAAAUAACAAACUUGUGUAAUGAUCUAUGACAAAGAAUUGUAACUUUUUUCUACAUAACUGUGAAGUAAUUUCAGUGUUGCUAGUCUGAAUUCUUCCCUUAGCAAGCUCAUGUGCAGUUGGAGAACACUCCAUCAACUUUCCAAUUAGUUUGUCGUUAUGAUGAAUUACACUCUAAAUAUCCAGAACUCACGUUUACCAAGUGGUUGACACAAAAGUACAGUGUUACCAAAGAUGGCUGGUGUAAUGUGAAUUACUGAGUGCUUGUUUUAGAGACCUGAAACAGAAGCUGUUCAGAUUAGUCUGUGGCACCACCAUACCCCACAACUCACGAGCAGUUUUGGUUUGCUUCCAUUAAAAGUAAUUUCCAGUGAGUUCUCUUUAUGUGCAUGUAUCCUGAGCAGUGCUUGUUUGGCUCUUGCAUAAGCACAGGGACAGUUUCCAUGUAACCUUUGCCUGGCUUGUGUUCCCUCUCUGGUCUGACGUCAGGCAUCUGCUGAAAGUGAGACCUUGUGUCUUCCCCAGAGGACAGUCCUAAGGUUAUUCUGAGUGCCUUGGUCACUUGGACAGCUUAAAGAUUUAUUUUCUUCUAGAAACAACUUCACAAACAAGUUUUCAGUGAGAAAGCUGUUACGGUAGUGUAAUGCAGCUGAAGUGCAGGGCCUGUUUGAAGUAAAAGGUUUGUCAAGGAAGCUGAGAAUGCUAUUUCUAGUGUCACAUGUGCCUUUGGUGAAUGCCUAAGAUUCUUGGGGAAAUGAGAUGUGCAAUAUUUGUUUUAUGAGACAGAAGAGAAACACUCAUUUCUGUCUCAAAAGAAAAUUUGUGGUGUCUGAGAACUUACUGCUGUGGAAUUACCGGAUCUUACUUUAAAUGUGUGGGGUUGUGGUUUGUUGGUUUGGUUUGGUUUUUGUUCCAGUAAGUUAGCAGACUGACAUCAUAAUGUUCACCUGACAUUUGCAUAUCAAGAGGAACUCGUGGUGAUUAGGACAGCUUUAAACUUUCAUCUAUAAAAUCCUUAAUGUAGGACCUCCUAGUUGGAAUGUCCUGUGAUGCAUUAAUUUAAUGGUGUGGAGUUGUUCAAGAUCAAAUUUUCACUCCUGGGCAAAGAGCUGGCUCCUGUGAAAUGCACCUGGUGUUCAGGAGGCUUUGUUUACACCCUGGGACUUUGGCCUCAAAGAAGUCUGAGCUCAAAAUGAGUUUUAGACAAACCAAGUGUGAAGCCACUGGAAUAUAAUGCCUUACUCAGGAUGCCUCUAUAGCUGUGAGCGUCUAAGUUCUGCUAAUGAUUCUGAAUGUUAAAAUUCCUUUCAUUGAAGCUUUAAUAGGAGUAAGGAAGUAAUGAGUAACUAAAUAAAAUUACUCUGCUGUUAUUUAUAGUUUAGCUAAGCAGUUUCUAUACAGGUUUAUUUUAUGGUCCAGAAUAUUGAAUGUUGACUUUUUUUUUCCUUUCUUCAAACAUGACACUUUGAGAAUUUUAAGCUUUUUAGUGGUAUAAAACCUUGUGCUGUCUGUUAGCUUCUCUUCAGAUGUGCAGAAGAAUUCAAGAUUUGAAGAGUCAAACUAAAGCUUUAAAAUAGCAAGAGUACCUUCCUCCCACAGCCUUUGUAAUCCAUAUUUUAUUUGCCAUGUGGAAAAACUGUAUUCUCCUCCCCACCCCUGCUGUUCCAAGCACCUCUCCAAAAUAAAGCCCCCAGCUGUAGGAAUAUGAUGUAAUAAGACCAGUAUCAAACUGGUCAGAAAGAGUUUCCAGAAGGCAUGGAAUAAUAUGGCAAAGUCCCUUGAAUUCUUUGUCUGUUGUGCUAUAAAACCUGAAAGAAAUUUUAUUUCUUGCAGUUCUGGUGUCAAUUACUUAUGGUUUAUGCAUUAGUAUGGCUUGCUACUACAGUCCUAAAUACAAUUAUCAUUCCUGAAUGAGAAAAAUAAAUUACAAGUAAAGGCAAA